UCUUUUGUUUUUUAGGAUAAUUCAGAUGGGAUGACGUGUAGGUCGUGGUUUUUUAGUGCUUUAUGUGAGAAUAAAGGCCCAGACCCCGAACCCAACCGUAACCCCAACCGCAAACCCCAUUCUCGUCCUGCUCGUCUUUUAUAUAUGUAGAAGAUUUCCACCUUGAGGAUGUUAAUGUUAUAUUUUUAAAAUUCACGGGGCGUAUACGGUCAUUCAUUGUUGAUUUUAAAGUCGCAGGCAUCUUUGCCUCUCUCUGAAUUUGGGAGCUCGCGGAUCCAACAAUGGCGGAAGUUGAGGUGGACAUUGGAUCAAUCAUCACAGUUGGAGAUAUCAAAACAGCACCUGCAGAUUUUCGUUUCCCCACUACGAAUCAAACCCGGCACUGUUUUACGCGUUAUGUUGAGUAUCACAAAUGUAUGACAGCAAAAGGUGCGGAUUCUGGUGAAUGUAACAAAUUUGCUAAAUACUAUCGGUCCCUCUGCCCUGGUGAAUGGGUUGAGAGAUGGAACGAGCAGAGAGAGAAUGGAUCUUUUCCUGGUCCCCUGUAAGCAGAGAGAAACUUGUUUGGUUCUUCAGGACACUUCUCAUUUCUUGAAUUUUGAAAUUUGCGACUCUAAACUGGCAGAUGCAUUGGAAACCUCUGAAUAACCAUGGAAACUUAUGAAUAAGCCAUGGAUUCAGCUUUGUAGUUGAUUUCAGUGAUUAAGUUUGCUUGUGACGAAAGAUAGCCGUUGUCUCCAUGUGAUUGUUACGUUUUGUUAUAACAGAAACUCGUGGAAAUGCACAUGCGAGAGAAAAGGCAAAACAAGGGAGGUAGAAUGCCAUUUUUUGAAGAUAAUGGUCGUUAUCA